AUGGCUUCAGCAAGCGCUGGCCUCCGACCUCCAACUCGCUCCGCGUCAGGACCAGCUCGGCCUGCCGAGGACGCGGGGACCUCUACGCCUGCGCGGAAAGGCGGCACCGCGCCUGCGCAGUUUGUUCCUGGCACCAGAGGCCAUGCUGGCUACAGGAGCCAGCCAAGGAGCCUGCCAGGUGCUAAAUCUGGGAUCUGGCAGUUGAGUGUUCUGGCCCUGUCAUUCGACCUCUGGUGCCUGGUGGGGAGGCCCCUUCCUGACCUGCAGGGACCGGCCAUGUCCCACCGGAAGUUCUCUGCCCCUCGACACGGACACCUGGGUUUCCUGCCCCACAAGAGGAGCCGGAGGCAUAGGGGCAAGGUGAAGAGCUGGCCUCGGGAUGACCCCAGCCAGCCUGUACACCUCACGGCUUUCCUGGGCUACAAGGCUGGCAUGACCCACACCCUUCGAGAAGUGCACCGCCCUGGACUCAAAAUUUCCAAGCGAGAGGAGGUAGAAGCUGUGACAGUUGUGGAGACACCGCUGGUGGUGGUGGGCGUGGUGGGCUACGUGGCCACUCGAGGUCUGCGGAGCUUCAAGACCAUCUUUGCCGAACACCUCAUAGGCUGCUCCAUCGCCCGGGCUGGGCAGAAAGGUUACCACCACCGUACAGAGCUGAACAAGAAGAUCUACCGAAUUGGCCGGGGGCUGCACAUGGAAGAUGGGAAGAUGGUCAAAAACAAUGCGUCCACCAGCUAUGAUAUAACUGACAAGUCUAUCACACCAUUGGGUGGCUUCCCCCACUAUGGGGAAGUGAACAAUGACUUCAUCAUGUUAAAAGGCUGCAUUGCAGGUACCAAGAAGCGAGUGAUCACACUGAGGAAGUCCCUCCUAGUGCACCACAGCCGCCGGGCUCUGGAGAAUAUCGAGCUCAAGUUCAUUGACACCACUUCCAAGUUUGGCCACGGACGCUUCCAAACAGCGCAGGAGAAGAGGGCCUUCAUGGGCCCCCAAAAGAAGCAUCUGGAGAAAGAGAAGCCGGAGACCUCGGGAAACAUCUAAGAUGCCUGGAAUGGAGCACACUUGGGAGUGCUCCUGCUGCCUGUCCUGUCCUCUUUGUCUAAUAAAGUCCUGAGGCAACUCUUUAA